UUGACCAAUCAGCGUCGUCGGUACAGGUAUAGCAUCUGGUCACGUUGUGUCGGACGUGUUUCUUCAGCUAGAUGAGUGGCGACUGUGUUUUGUUCUAAAUUGCGUCUGCUUAGUCCCUAAAUAACCGGAAAUGAUAUUUGGUAAAGAUGAAGGGCAAAGUCACAUCACCUAAGAAGACAUCCGAAGGCACUAUGCCGAAAAAGAACUCUAUUCACUGGUUUCGCAAAGGACUUCGGCUCCAUGACAAUCCUGCGUUGUUGGAGGCAUUGAAAGACUCGUCUAGUUACCGGUGUGUUUACAUUCUCGAUCCGUGGUUCGCUGGUUCAUCUCAAGUUGGCAUCAACAAAUGGAGAUUUUUGCUGGAAAGCUUGGAGGAUCUGGACAGCAGCCUACGAAAGUUGAACAGCCGGCUCUUUGUCAUUCGUGGACAGCCAGCCGAUGUCUUUUCCAGAAUUUUUAAAGAAUGGAACAUUACACAACUGACAUUCGAAGAAGACCCAGAACCAUAUGGAAAAGAGAGAGAUGCAGCCAUCUGUGCAUUGGCAGCAGAAAUUGGCGUGCAAGUGGUCACGAAACCAUCGCACACACUUUAUGACUUGAGGCACAUUUUAGAAGCCAACAACAAUCAGCCUCCUUUAACAUACAGAAGGUUCCAGUCCAUUUUGUCUGGUCUGCUGCCACCUCCUGUUCCCUUGGAGACAGUCACAGCUACCAUGUUAAAGCACACUCAUACCCCUGUCGCAGAUGACCACGAUGAUAAAUAUGGUGUUCCAUCUCUUGAAGAACUGGGUUUUGACACAGAUAACCUUGGACCAGCAACAUUCCGAGGUGGAGAGUCAGAGGCUCUGGCAAGGAUAUAUCGCCAUUUGGAACGAAAGGCAUGGGUUGCUAGCUUUGAGCGACCAAAGAUGAGUCCACAGUCUUUGUUCCCAAGCCAGACAGGUCUUAGUCCAUACCUUCGUUUUGGCUGCCUCUCACCCAGACUCUUCUACUGGAAACUAACAGAACUUUAUAAAAAAGUUAAGAAAGGCCAGGAGCCACCACUUGCGCUGCAUGGCCAGCUGUUGUGGCGAGAAUUCUUUUACACAGCUGCGACCAAUAACCCAAACUUUGACAAGAUGUCUGGCAACAGCAUUUGUGUCCAGAUUCCUUGGGACCACAACCCAGAGGCACUUGCCAAAUGGGCUGAGGGUCAGACAGGGUUUCCCUGGAUAGAUGCUAUCAUGGUGCAGCUCAAGAAGGAAGGUUGGAUUCAUCAUCUAGCACGUCAUGCUGUUGCCUGCUUCCUCACUCGUGGAGACCUUUGGAUCUCCUGGGAAGAGGGUAUGAAGGUGUUUGAUGAGCUGCUGCUGGACGCAGACUGGAGUGUCAAUGCAGGCAUGUGGAUGUGGCUGUCAUGCAGCGCUUUCUUCCAGCAGUUUUUCCACUGCUAUUGUCCUGUCAACUUUGGCAAGCGUGCAGACCCAACUGGGGAUUUUGUCAGGCAUUACCUCCCUGCGCUAAAGGGGUUUCCCACUCAGUAUAUCUAUGAGCCAUGGACUGCCCCAGAAGCAGUGCAGAAAGCAGCGCGUUGCAUCAUUGGAAAGGAUUACCCACUCCCAAUGGUAGACCACACCCAUGUCAGUCGUGUCAAUAUGGAACGCAUGCGCCAGGUCUACAAACAUCUUCUUGUCAGCUCCUCAGUUUCAGGGUAUAAGAGGAAGCUGGAUCCUCCAAAGAUUCCAAAAGUGGACAUGUUUCUGCUGAAGGCCAACAUGUUUACCAGCACUUCUUCAGAUGAUGAUCAUGAACAGACAUCUGGAAUGCGGCUGGAGAACAAGAUAUGAUUUCGCAGUCAUCGUUUGACCUCCCAGACUUGUACCUUGGCUGCUGAUUACCAGUGUGUAGAGAACAAGAUCAUUUCCAUCGGAAAGUGAGAUUGUGCUGGAUGUUAUGCAAAUACCAGUGGCAGUGUUGACAGCAUUGUGAAAUGAGCUGGUGGUGCUGAUGGUAAGGUUAUAUGGGAGUAUUGUAAACUGAUGCCUGCUGGAGAUUCUGAUAGAGCUGCAAUAUUAACACAAAACUGUUGUUGUUUACUCUGAAUCUGCCACAAAUUAAAAUUAGAACAUUGGGGUGCACACAUUCCUUUUAUGGCUUGCACAUGUGCGUGCCCAUACACCAUGGUCCAGUAGUGCAACAGUUAGUGCCUGUCGCCAAUAGAGAGAGGAUUGGCUGUACUGUUCAGAUCUCAUCUCACCAUUUUCUCCCCUCCCCUCUCUUCCCAACAUGCAUACACAAAUAUAAUAAUUUUCCAGCCAAAAUAUAUGUAUACUUAAAAUUUAUACACAUAAUUUUUUUUUUCAAUUCUGUUGUGAACUCCAACUCAUUUGUUUUCUGUGGAUUUUGUGAAGAAGGAUAACUUCUUCCAUGUUGGACUUCCCGCACAUCUGUAGAAUAUGACUUGCCAUUUAACCCUACCUGAGCCUGUGGCACUUGGUCAUUUAAACACUCAUGCUGCAGGACAGCCUCUUGGCAGAUGAUGAAACAGCACAUUAUUCUUGUCAUCCUCUCUAGAAUGGUGACAAGCAGGGCAUGGCCUACCCAAGUCCAAAUCUUUUGAAAGAAAACAGGAUUGCUAAGCAUGCCCAAGACUCUAAUGAAUACAUCCUAGCCUACUGUCUGUUCAUCAGUAACGACUAAACCAGGUUCCAACUGCUUGUGCUGUUCUUCAGUUUCCAGUAUGAUGUGAUUCUUGCCCUCUGAUGGGUUGUGCUGCACCUUGUGAGUCGAGGAAGUUUCUAGAAAUUCUAGACUGGGUUGCCAUGUGGUCUAAUGAGUAUCAUCCAACAUGUUUUUACUCAGAAAGAUUUUGCUUUAGUGAACUAAAUACGAAAGAGAUUACUAAAGGCAGCGAAUCAUUUGAACAUAUUUGUGUGAGCGAUUCUGUUUUUUUUUUCAUUUGUUUUAUUUAAAGUGGUAUAGACCAUGUCUAGUUCCUACAUCAAGUCCAUGUUUUAGGAUGCUUUUGAUUUUUGAAGGAUGUCACUGAGGAACUUUUUAAAAAUAUGUAAUUGUUCUGGAUUUUGUUAAGAAAGAUCCACACUUCGCCAUUAACAUAUUAACAAGUCUGACUGUAAAUAAUCAUCAACAGUUGCUCGCUAAACAACUAAACCAUGUUUGACAGGGAAUAGAUUUAUUUCUGGUGAUGUGUUGUACAUGAAAUCAUGUUAUUUUGUAUAUAUUUGUCCCAGAAAUGACCCUGAAGCAAAUGUUACCUUCUGAAUGUAAAAGGUACCCUAAUUUUUUUUCUGAUGGAUAAAAUCUGUACCAGAUUCACUGAAAGUAAUGUUACUGUCAGUAGCUUCUUAAGCCUUUGUUUUUAUAAAAUACCUAAAACUGAAAGAAAGGAUAGAACUUUAUUCCUUCACUUGAUGUAAAAUAAACGAGCUUUGUCACAGUGUUAGUGUGUUUGUGACAUUGAACAACCCCUGAUGUAUAGCCCACCAUAAUUUUUGUGUGUAUGUAUCGAUUGUGUGUGCCUGCAUUUGGGGUUGGUUGUGAAUUUCUUGGUGAAGUGCGCGUGUAAUAUUUACUGAAUUUCAGCAUGCUUUGAUGAGCGAGGGAUAAACAUAAAUGAGAAUAAAACCAGUGAUGUGGCAGUACAGCAAACUCAAAUGUGAUUCAGAUAUCUAGUGAGGUGGUAAGUUAAUUACAAUCGUAAGACUCAGCAUUUAAAACUCCAAAACAUAUUUUAUGAUCAGACCUGGCCUGCUGUCCUGGCUGCUAAGUUGAGAGAAAGAGAAUUGUGUUAACCGAAAAAGUUGAGAAACAGCAAUAAAUACCAUCUCACAUCAUCCAGAAUUGCUUAAUGUUAGUGUUUUAAACUGUUGAUGCAAGUGGAGCCAGAGAACAAUCGCCAGUUCGACCUAAUGUCAUCCUAUGCUAGCUAUCUGUCAUAAGUUGUUUGGCAAGUUCAAGGGACACUGACACCAUCUUGCUGUAGUCUCAUUUCUUCUUUAGUUGAGUAGUUGUCAAUCUAUCAUACAGAACUUACUUCUCUAUGCCUAUAUUUAGUAAACAAUUCUGGGAUCAUACUUUUGUAGUCAUUGGAUGUUAUCAGCUUUUGUAUGUGUAUCUACUCUUUAGAGAAUGUUAAGUCAAAAUAUAAUAAAUUACAAACGAUAUUUCAUAGCUGAUGUCUAAUAGCCCUUCACUACUAUCUAUGAUUGUACUGUGUAACUAGCUGCAGGUAUCUUUUCCGUAUGCUAACCGUGCCAUGUAGACUGUUAUCCACAUAGAUUUUGCAGCACCAACCAUUCCCGCCCUUAAAUGAGUUGUCUACCUUGCUCUGCAGGGAUCUUACAGAGAUCAUGCUGUGCUCUCACUGCCAAUGAUUGAUUGUGGAGUCACCCUUAAUCUGUUCUCUACCCCCUUGCCCACCAGCAUGGGAAGCCCAGGGCUGGUAGGGAUUAUGACCUUGUCAAGGUGACAAUCAAUCCAGGAGAGUUGAACAGCUCUGUACAUUGCGUGCUGUACAUUUGUUGAGAUAUAGGCUACUCUUCAUUCUGAGCGGUGCCUUAAAAUACAAAAUGCGUAAUGUUAAAAAAAAAAAAAA